GGGGGCUGCGGACGCACUAUGGCGGGCAGCGGCUACACGGACCUGCGGGAGAAGCUCAAGUCCAUGAUGCCCUACCGGGACGGCCACAAAGGCGGCAACGGGGGCGGCGGCAGCAGCAACAACAACAACGGGGGGGGGAACCUCCCGCGGGAGCCCCCCGAACCCCUUUACGAUCGCAAACGGCGGCACCAGGAGGACUCCGGCUCCGAAGCCAGCGACUACGAGGAGCAGAAGGAGGAGGAAGAAGCUCGGAAAGUCAAGAGCGGCAUCCGCCAGCUUCGCCUCUUCAGCGCCGAGGAGUGCGCCAAGAUCGAGGCCCGCAUCGAGGAGGUGGUGUCCCGGGCGGAGAAGGGGCUCUACAAGGAGCACACGGUGGAUCGGGCCCCUCUGCGGAACAAGUAUUUUUUCGGGGAGGGCUACACCUACGGGUCUCAACUGCAGAGACGAGGCCCAGGCCAGGAACGCCUGUACCCCCGGGGGGAGGUGGAUGCCAUCCCCGAGUGGGUGCACGACCUGGUGAUCAGGAAGCUGGUGGAGCACCGGGUGAUUCCCGAGGGCUUUGUGAACAGUGCCGUCAUCAACGACUACCAGCCGGGGGGCUGCAUUGUCUCCCACGUGGACCCCAUCCAUAUCUUUGAGAGGCCCAUCGUCUCCGUCUCCUUCUUCAGCGACUCGGCCCUCUGCUUCGGCUGUAAAUUCCAGUUCAAACCCAUCAGGGUCUCGGAGCCCGUUCUCUUCCUGCCCGUCAAGAGGGGAAGCGUCACGGUGCUCAGUGGGUAUGCAGCCGAUGAAAUUACACACUGUAUUCGACCACAGGACAUCAAGGAGAGAAGAGCUGUCAUCAUCCUUCGAAAAACAAGACUAGAUGCACCUCGAUUGGAAACAAAAUCCCUGAGUAGCUCUGUGUUGCCACCAGGUUAUAACUCUGACCGUCUCUCGGGAAGCAACCGGGACCAGAUCCUGAAACCAAAGCGGUCCCAUCGCAAAGCAGAUCCUGAUGCUGCUCACAGGCCACGGAUUCUAGAAAUGGAUAAAGAGGAAAACAGGCGCUCAGUCCUCUUACCAAAACAUAGGAGGCGGAGCAACUUCAGCUCCGAGAACUAUUGGCGAAGGUCUUACGAGUACACAGAGGACUGUGACGAGGAAGAGGAGGAUGGCAGCCCAGCCAGGAAAGUUAAAAUGAGGCGACACUGAGGAUUGCACUUUCCAGGCUCGUGGAGCUGAUGAGAUUGGCCUCCAGUCUGUGAAAACUUUCUCCUCCCUCUGGCUAUCUUCCAUCUAGCUUCAGUUUUGGUUUUUCCUUUCAGGCUGAAGAGUAAACAGGAAGGAUCUAGCGAUUUCUUUUUAUGAAUGGAGGAAUGCUGAGACAUACGUAAGGAUGGAACAUGUCCAGUGCACAUGGUGUCCUGAGUCAUGGGUCAAACGGGCAUCCCUCCCUUAGGAAGCAGAUAAAGUUAUGCCAGGCUGUCUGUUGGGAUUUCUUUUGAAGACACCAAAAAGUUUAACUGUUUCAUUGCGCAAGAUUCAAGAAUUGUAUUUUCGGUUUUUUGGUUUUGUUUUUUGUUUUUUUUUUUUGCUUUAACUUUCUUCCUUUCCAAAUGUUCUAAAUAUGAUGUUUGACCCCAGGAGCUGAAAUUCUCUGUGGUGGCCUCAUAUUCUUUGCUUCACCAAAGGGCUCCUUGGUCUGCUCUUACAUAGUUGUUGUUGGGUUUGUUUUAAGGGUGCCCUGCAGUAACUGGAAGUUUGAAGCUUUGCAGACCCCUCUUACUGCAAUUGAUUUCAAAGGGUUUAGGACAUUUUUGUUGCACUUUAGUACCAGUUUUAAAUGCCGUAGGUUUCCUUUCCAGUCCCUUUUCCCAAGCCAGCGUGGGCUCGCAGCCUCGCGUCCCUGUGCUGCCCUCUCCGAGAAGAAUGUACUUGAGCUCUGGUUUCUCAGUGCUGGUCUGACCAGGGGUGUGUUUUGGUUGAGGAGGAAGGAAACGUGGGCUGGCUUCACUGAGGCUGGUCCAACGUUGACCUGAGGUCCAUAUUGGAGCUCCGGGGCUGCCGAGUGAGCGAUCGCAUUGAGUAUGUGCUGCUUCCCAGAGCUGGAGAUAGCAAAGAGGAGUAGGAGAGACGCUGUGCUUGUGGGGACACUCGCCUUGGGACCCCCCUGAGAAAAGCUCUUCUCCACUACCUGGGGGACUGGCUUUCAGCCCUUUGCCCCUUUUAGGUGGAGAGUGUUGAGAUGGCACAGCACCCCAUCCAGAGGGACCGACUAGGCUCUGUCAGAGCAGGAACAGACACUGCCCUGGCCUGGGGGGAGCUGGGCAGCUCGGCUGCGGUCUGUCCCCUCCGAGGCUGGCUCUGGGAGCGAGGACACUGCAAGGGUCUAGUUUGGCCCCAGUUCAGUGCAUUCAGCAGCUACUAGUGCAGAAAUUGCCCGCCGCCUCCUGGCUUAUUCCUGCUAGAAUUCCUGGGGUUGGGAGUUUUCUGGUUGCUACAGAAAACGCUGAGAGGAAUAGGAAUUUGCCCCUGUGGAGUUAGCCUUAGAAAGUCUGCCUCCUUCCUCCACCCGGUUUGUGUUAGCCCAGACCAAAGCCUCGGCAUUUUCAAAGUUUGGGGCCUAACACCAUAUUUAGAACCGUACUUUUAGGAAACUUCCUCCAAUUGAUUCUUUAAACCCAAGUGUUGGCAGUUGUAAGGAGUAGUAUUAUUUUUAAAUUUUUACUGCUUUGCCCUCCUUCAAAUUGUAGUUCUUAGUGUUGUGUCCCCCACACACUUCAUGGUCUGCACGCUUGGCAAUAAAAAGAUGUAAUAUAUUUUGAAACCCGUUUGCUGCUGUUUUGAGGGGCUCCCAGUCAAAAAAAAAAAAAAAAACAAACAAAAACAACAAAACCCAGGCAUUGUUCCCCAGAGCGCCGUUCCUUGGCGAUCGAGCACGUUUGCUGACAUCUGGGUCUCGGUGUCCUUUUCCUCCCCUGCUGACUUCUGCCACUCGCCCACUGUUGGGGUUACUGCUGAGGCUGGAUGUAGCAGCCAUCUUAGUGCAAAGGAAAUUACCAUCACCUUCAGCACUGCUGAUCUGCGAGGGGUUCAUAGGUGAGAUCCCCAGUGCCUGUCUCUGAUUUUCUUUUUCUGAUUGCUUUCCUGGUGAGAGCCCCCGUUGGCUCGGUGCAGAGGUACAGGCAGAGACUUGCGGCCCAGAGGUCUGAAAGUUCAUGCUUCUGCUACUUCUGAAACUUUCAAACAGCCAUUUUCAGACCACGCUUAGCAUUUGAAGCAGUGUUCCUCGCCCUCCCAGCUUUCUGCAAAGAAUCUGGGCCAGCUCUUGGCUACAAACCCCCUGUUUUGGAAAGUUUGGCGUUUCCCUGAUAGCAAAACCGUGUGCUGGGGGCAGCGUCCCUUCUCUUCCUUACAGCUGGUGCAAACAUCUCCGGCAAGCUAGAGACCUGCUAGCAGGAUGCCUAGCAAUGGCUGGUUCUCCUUGUCUUUCUGGAUUCAUCCUGGAUGUGCCCCGUGCCCCCUUCAGUGUCAGGCUCUGCUGUGGGUGGCAGUGGUCGCUGCCAGAGGUCUCAGCUCUCCACAGCCUGUUCUCCCCUUCUUCCCCCCUGCACCAGCUCCCAGUUUUACUCCUACCUCUGCAAUAUGGAUACUGUACCCCGGUGUCUCAACUCAAAAUGAAGCUGGAGGCAACCUGCCCUCCCAGAGCAAGGCUCCCGUUGGGUCUGUCUCCACUGAACAAGGCAUCCUGAGGGCUUGGCUCUAGCCUGGUACCAACCAUCACCUAAUCCCUGUCCUUGUGCAGUCUGUACACCUGCAGGUAUCCUUCCUCUCCCGGUUUGUUUCGGUAUUCCCGCAUACCAUGGUUGGGAACUCUCCCCUCCUUCCUUUCCCCUUGCCCCCAUCUGUGCGGUGGGUCUGAGCUGGUGGCCGUGGCUGGAGGGACAGGAGAAGCCCCUCACCCAAGCUGCUUUCCAGCCACCAUCUGUAUGCGCUUGGUUUUCAACCUGACUGGUUGGGGUUUGACACCACGGAGAGAGAGUGGGACGCAACCAGUCUGACCUGUAUCAUCUCUUGGGCGAGGAGUCCCCAGCGUAUAGGCAGGCCAUCUUCCCCACUUGUACAGACAUUUUCUAUACACAACGGAUGUAUAUGUGUAGAUAACAUGGUUUUUUAACUCUUUUGCACUGAACAACAUUGGAGCGAAACCUUGAUUUGAAACCAGAAGACGCAUUUUAACGUGAAUCCAGAUGUCUAGAUCCCUUAACUGUAACCUGUCUGGUAAAUCUGUGGCUCAAAAACGCUGGUGAUGCCCGUGCCUGUUGUCUGUCGCCGGCUGUGUCGGGCUGCCUGCAGGAUCCGGGUCAGGUCGGUGGCAGGGGUCUGCUGCGGGGGACAGAGGGUGGUGACCUUCAAUUCGGAGGCAAAACUUCUCCCUCUCUGCUCCGUGGGACGGGCUCGUGCACAGACCUGACCCGCUCAGCUUUGUCCUGUUUGUCUGGUGCAGUCCCACCUCCUCUCCAUCCACCCGCAGCGUGUCGUUCGUGUAACCUGCUCAGCCCAAAACUGGGAACAAGGCUACGUCCGAUGUGACAAUCUCAUGCGCCCCAACCCACAGCCCAGACCGUGAGAACCAUCUCUCCUAAGGAAGGGGGAGGAAGGUGGGGUUUGUCCCCGCUUUUCCUCAAGCAGCGGGAGGAAUUGGGUUUUGUCACUGCUACCCGUAUCUCGAGAAGGCUCGGCCAUCGAGCAAAAGCUCUUCCAUCGUUUGCGUGGGCUCCAUGUGUUUGUAGGAAGAGAAGGGAGGGCUGUUUGCCGGCGGUGGGAGAUGAGCUGGCCCAGGCAGGAGCUGUUGGUCUGUGGGCAGGUCCUUGCCCAGCUGGGCAAGCAGCAGGGGAGCCCACCUUGCCACAUCUGGCUCCACAACUGCUGAACUCUCAUCUAGCUGUUAGUGAGGUGAGAGCUGUGAUCCCCAUCCCAAGUCUUGGCUCUUAUUGGAAUUUGGGGGGGGUCCCCAGGACCUUUGGCUUUCGGCACUGUUAGUGCCUGGCGCUCGCACCUAUGUGGUCUGAGCCCCAUGGGUCCCCAUGGCUGCUGUGCUUUGAGGAGGGCUUGGGGGGGUCAGGGUCUGGACCCCCACCAGUGGAAAAUAGUCUUUUAUCUGCCAAAAGCGUUCCCUUUCCCGGUUGGGAGGAGAAACGUUCAGCUGAGAAGCGUGUCUCUGCUCCCUUCUGUGCCCCUGCCCACACUUACGAGUUCUGGCUGACUUUAAUUUUGGUUUUUUUUAAAGAUUCUAAUUUUUUUUUGUUACAAAUGAAAAAAAAAAAAGAGAAAAAAGAAAGUGGCAAUAUUUUUUUCCGUAAGCUUUUCCUAGGAAAAAGCGUGGUUUGUAACAAAGUUGUACAGUUCUGAAGUUUGAGAUACGAGAAGUACUGUGUGAAACGCUGUAAAUGGGGCAGAGAUUAUUUUAUGUACAGUCUGACGCGGGGGGAAUCUUUUAAUUCUGGUUGAUUCUUAGGAAGAAUUUGGUUCUUCGCUGUCAGGGUUUGGAAUUUCAUGGUUUCAUUAUUAUUAUUAUUAUUAUUUUUCUUGUAUAGAUUGCUGCAUUAAUUGAAUAAAAGCAGAAAGCAUC